AUGGUGCAUCCGACGCUUCAGUUGCAUCCAAUUGGAUUAGCCCCGGCUCUGACGACUCACUUGGAGAGAGCAGGCGCGGUUGAACCAACAUUCAAGUUGUCACCACACGCUUCCCUCGGUGAGCGCUUUGCCGACGAGGCGUUAGUCGUUCGCGGCCUCAACCUUAGCUUCGAGCCGGCCAUCUUUCCCCUCAUCGAUUUGACAAGUCUCCGUCUCACUACCAUCAUCAAUAUCAGAUCAACCUCUAAUCCCAUCCCAAUCUUUGAGGCUCAAGUACAGUCACAAUGCCCGACUCUCCGCAUCGCCCUAGCCCAAGCAAAUCUUCUCGUAACAAACCUCGAGCCCCUCAUCAAUGCAACAAACUCGCCCAACACCCCUGCGGCUAAUAUCCUCCAGCCCUCGAAACGUGUCCCCUUCAAACAGCAAACCAUCCACCUCCUCCACUCCCUCUCCGCUUCAACAUCACCGACCGCUGGACAGAAUCCCUCGCCGCCGCAACCUCUCUGCGCACGCUCAUCCGCAUCGGAGUAUUCGAUCUCCUCCCAGAAGACGGUACUCAGAUUGGGGCUAAAGAACUGGAGAGGCAGGCAGGGAUAG